AACCAACUCGGAUGCGAGCAUUAAUAUGAUAUAUAACGUUUACCUGCAGGGAAACCAACGCCACCAACGACAGAGCAAGGCAUUGAUGCUGAAUGCAUUAUAUAUCACAUUUUUUUGCUUUCAAUGUUACACAACAAAGUAUCAUGGAAGCAAAAACAACAGAGCAUGAUGAGACAGUGGUUUAUAGCGAAGAAUGGCUUUCAUCCCUGCCAAAAGCCAAAGGCAUAACGGAAGACAACACUUAUCAAUACCAAGGAUUCUGGUUUGGUACUAUAAGUUUGCAAGGCUUGAUCGACUGUCAACAACAUUUUCGGCCUCGACAAAACGAUGUCUUGCUUGUAACUGCACCCAAAUCUGGCACCACCUGGAUGAAAGCCAUUCUCUAUGCUUUACUUCACCGCCAAAAAUAUCAUCCUCAAGAUGCUCAUCACCCUCUGCGACAAAAGACUCCUCAUCAGCUUGUCCCUUUUAUGGAAUUAACUAAGCCGUCCGAAUAUGACUCCUUAUUCUUAGACAGCACUAGUAGGAUCUUUGGCUGCCAUUUUCCUAUACGUUGCCUCCCCAAGUCCAUAACAGAGGAGGAUGAUGAUGGAUCAACUAACAUCAAGAUUGUGUAUUUGUGCAGGGACAUCAAGGACACUUUUACUUCACUCUUUCACUUCGCAAACAAAAUUGGUUUACGCAGGACCGGCUCAAGAAAUUUUGUGGCCUUAGGCGGAACCUCAUAUUUUUUUUUUAUUCUUUUAAAUCAUGAAGCUAGUUUAUUUAUUUUUGUACAUAUAUACCUACAUAAAUACAUACCAAUAAAAUUUUGGGGCCUUCUCCAGAUGGGGGCCUUAGGCGAUUGCCUAACUCGCCUUCAUUAUGAGCCGGCCCUGGGUUUACGAUCUUCUCCCGUUUCUUUGGAGGAGGCAUUUCAUUUAUUCUGCAAAGGCACAAACGUUGCGGGUCCUAUCUGGGAUCAAAUCUUGGAAUAUUGGAAGGAAAGCCUGGAGAGACCAAACAAGGUGCUGUUUAUGAGGUAUGAAGAGUUGAAGUCUGAGCCUCAUGCUCAACUCAGGCGUCUGGCGCGGUUUCUGGGGAGACCCUUCUCACCAGAGGAGGAAUUAAUGGAAAUGGUUGAUCAGAUCACGAGUUUGUGUAGUUUUGGGAGCAUGAGCAAACUGCAGGUUAAUAGCACAGGACAUUUCUUGCCCGGAGUAAGCAAUUCUUCAUAUUUUCGGAACGGUCAAGUUGGAGAAGGAAAUAAGUGGCUAACUCCAGAGAUGGCUGCUAAGUUGGAUCAGAUUACCCAGGACAAGUUCCGUGGUUCAGGAUUAAAACUUUGAUAUAUAUAUAUAUAUCAUCAUCACUUAUAUACAUUAUGGCCAAAAUUAAUAUCGAAUUUAAUGUGUGUUUGUUGCUUGUAUUAUUGAUCUUCUUGUUGGCUUGUUUGUGUCUCUUUGUUUUAUGUCCCUGAAAGUAUGAGUUUGAGAUGGCUUAUCAUCAUAUGUAUGCAUUUUUAAGUAGUACUCCCUCGAUGUAUACCAAGUACUGUACCUUCUCAGGAGCACGUUUCAAUUAAGGUGUUGUUUGAUUCGGAUUUUAAUUAAGUAAUAAUAAUUUAUGAAUGUUAAUAAAUUA